GGAGCGAUUGGGAUCCUCACCUAGAUGUUGGCAAAUCGGAGAAUUCUGAUGAAUUGCCUAGUUGCAAGCCUUCAGUCAUUGGUUGACGUGAACGCAUAAACCAUGCUGCAACAGAGGGGAAAUAGAGGCCGAUGCAGCUCUCAAUGGAAGAAGCUCGGAUACACCAAAUUACAGAGCAACAGGGUCGUCGAUGCUUGAAGUUGUUCGGUUUUUGUAGUUGAAACAAGGGAUACCCAACCACUAACACCCUGAAGAUGUCGUCUCAGCAGAACUCGCAAGCACCACGGCCACAUGAGCGCCGGUAAGGGUAGCGUAGGCACGCACAGAAAGCACCCCGAUAGUCGUGGUGUGGCCGGUGGUCAGGUUCGUGCAGUCUUCUACAUCCAAUUCGAUGUCCUGUUUUGCUAACCAUGACCAACAUCACCACCGCACCAACUUGUACGAGUACCAUCCAGAUUACUUCGUUCAGGUCUGCAUGCGAUUGUUACAUCACUCCAAGAAGCCGGGCUGGAAACCCACGAUACAUGUUGAUGGGGUAAGAUCCGAGGGAUGCUUCUGCAGAGGCCAAACUCAGUUUCCCAUCAAUCAAGUCGCGGCAUCGUCCAGGUAGGGUUCAACGGGAGUUUCCCCUCUUUAUCACUAUCAUAACUCCGUCCUGCACAACGAAUCAUGCAUACUUAGUACUUGAGUAAGUAAGUACAUUGUGACAUGAUUACGGCGUGGCUCUGGUGAAGAUUACUUUACGCCACUCCCUCUAUCAAUACCUAGACUUGGAAUAGACAAUAGUGGCUGAAAUCUCAAAGGCCCUUGGCUAAGUCACCUUAUUGUUGGUAAGUUGUGGCGGUGCAACGCCACACAAGCCUGGUAGCUUUAUGAAGCUGCAUUAUUUCUGCAUUAUUUCAACAUCACCAACUA